AUGCCAGGUAAUUUUAAUGAUGAAGUUACUGAAUUGAAGAAAAGAAUAUAUCAAUUGGAACAAUUGGUUCAGAAACAAAAUAAGAUUAUCACACAAACAGGACAAAAUGUUCUUGAGUUGCAGAUGGAUAAACAGAGACAAAGUGUCUCAGAUUUGAAUUUGUCAAGUAAUAACGAUCAUAAUAAUAGUAAUAAAAGUAAUAAUAUAAAUGGAAGUAGAAGUAGGAGUAGAAGUAAAAGUACUAGUAAUAAUAAAAAUUUCAAUAGGUUUGUUGAUUUUGAUACUACAGAUUUUGUGACAAAUGAGGAUCUAGUUCAAUUGGUCGGUGAGAUACAAAUAGAACUGAAUAAUAUCGAGGAGAGAUCAAUCAGGAGAAUGAUCAAUUGUAAUAAAGCAGACCUAAAAGAUGUUUUGGCUCCUUUGCCCAACCCUGACGGCGACACACCAUGUAUACAAACUGGCAACAACCAUAAAGAUGAAUAUCGAUACGAAUAUGAUUAUGGGUUUUUCCCAAGGACAGUGAGCGAUUUUGUUAAUAUUACUGAUUUUAAUUUAAUCAAAUUGGCCAAGUUUUAUGAAUGUUUGCCCGCAACUUUACAGGACAGGCUUGAGUUAAAUAAAUUCUUGGAUGAAAAAAUUGAAAAUUUGUCCAUUUCAACUGAUAAACCUUUCUCAAACGAGGUUUUCAUUACUGACGAACAAAUCGAAUUGGAAUUGAAAAAUUAUUCAAGAGAUCAAUUGGAUGAUAUUUUUAACGACGUAGCACGUUAUUUAGGGUUACGUAAUAGAAGAGGUACAGAUAUUUGGUAA